AUGGAUUCGUUCAACAUCGGUUCGUCACCACCCCCGCCACGCCGCCUCGAACCCGAUCCUUUCGCGCGUCUCUCAGACGAUCUCGUCGCUCACAUACUCGCUCUCGUCGCCUCCAACGGAUUCCGUUUCCACCCCAAACCGUGCCUCACAACCGCCGCUGCUACUUCUGACGCCGCCACUACCGCCGCCGCCGCCGCCGCUGUCGCCGUUUCUGCCGCUGCGGAGGCUAAUGCCGGUGGAGACGGGAGUGACGGUGCCGGCAACAGCGAGGACGACGAUGCUCGUGGCGAAAAGAGCGAGGACGAGCUGCACGAGUGCAUUGAGCGGGCAGUGAAGAAACCGUGCGCGCGUUUCGUACGCGUUGUUGAGCUCACCACCGCCAUAGCUCUCGAGGCCGCAGCGACCGCCGCCAACUACGAUCGAACCAUGACGGUCCCUAUCGACCCGGACAAACCGAACUCACCGUCAGCUGUGCAUAUCCUCGCCUCCGCCUUUCCGCCCUCCCCCUCCGGAGCCCGCACGACCUCCACGCUCCUUCCGCCUCCGCUUCCCUGUCCGCUUCCGCUUCCGCCGUUCACCGUGUUCCACCACGCACUCGUGUGCAAGCGAUGGCUCCGCUUGGCGCGCUUCAGCCUCCCCGCCAUCCUCCUGCAAGCCGACCAUCGCCUUUCCACCCAAACCUUCCGCUCCUUCCUCUCCUCCCCACCUCCUCCUUCCGCCUCAUCCCCUCCCCUACCCCUCUCCCUCUCCCUUGCCCCUCCCACUCCCGCCUCCGCCUCCGCCGUUUCCCACUCCUUUCCCCUCCACUCCCCGCUCACCCUGCAGCACCUGCACAUCGGCCCAUCGGCUCUAGACGCCAUAACAGAAGAUCUCCUUUACUCCAUCGCCACGGGAUGCGCGCCCUCCCUCACGCACAUGUCGCUGUACCGCCACAGGAACCUGCGCUCCUGGCAGCGGGAGCUCCUCGUUGAAUACCCUGACGACGCCGUCGCGACAGUAACAGAGCCCGCCGUUACCGCCCUUUUCGCCGCAUGCCGCCGCCUGGUCAGCCUGAAACUCACACUGCCUCUGUGCCUGCCCGAGCUGCCCGCUUCCGUGAGUCUCCUGCAGCGGCUGACGAGACUGGAAGUUUCGUGCGGCCAGCUCGAUUAUUUUUCCAGGGCGGUCGAUGAUGGUGAUGAUGAUGCCGCUACGACGUCAGAGCCCGAGGCGCGGUUCCCCGAGGGCGUUGGUUCGCUGUCCGCGUUACGGUCGCUUAGCAUCCGCGCUGCUUGCAUACGCGCCCUCCCGCACUCCCUCUCCCGCCUCCGCUCCCUCACCUCGCUGAAACUCGACGGCUGCAGUUCCCUCCGGCAGCUGCCCGACGGUCUCGGGCAGCUAAAAAAACUGCAAUACCUGGAGCUGGCGGGCUCAUUUCACAUGCAAUCCCUGCCCGACUCUAUCGGCCUCUUGUCUUCCCUCGAAACCCUCCACCUGCGCGCGAUCGCUGUCAGCACUUUCCCAGACUCCUUCGCCCACCUCUCCUCCCUCAAACGCCUCUUUAUCUCUAGCAUCCAGCACCUGCGAUCGCUUCCUGACUGCGUCGGAAAGCUGCCCUCACUGCAAGAACUGACCAUCAAGUCUUGCUCUUCCUUAUCCGCCCUCCUGCCCUCGCUCUCCGCCCUCUCCUCCCUCACUGCGCUCACCGUUUAUCACUGCACUGCCCUCGCCUCGUUACCGGAGGAUAUUGGUGACGCUCCCCGCCUCGCAUCCCUCGUUCUCGACAAGCUUAACUCCCUUACGGCUAUUCCGGACUCUCUCGGUCUCCUCUCCUCCCUAACGCACCUUCACGCGGCGGGGUGUAUGGUUCUAGCGUCGCUGCCGGCGUCUGUCGCGGGGAUGAACUCCCUCUCUCGCCUGCAGCUUCUCGAGUGCUCUUUGAGAUCGCUACCCGAAGAUUUCGGGCAGCUGUCCGCGCUGACCGAGCUGCAUUUGAACAAAGUGGCCUGCGAUUUGCCGGGAUCAUUCGUUCAGCUGCUGAAGCUGCGGCGGCUCAUUGUAGAUCGCUGUGCGUUUCGGCACCCUCUGCCGGCCACUCUCACUCAGCUUGAAAACCUUACCCUCCAUGGCUCCCUCACUCACCUCCAACGCCUUCAUCUCACCCACAUGCAACUUUUCAACCUGCCCGAGGACCUCGGGCAGAUGCAAGGGCUGCACGUUGUAACCGUAGACAAUGCGCCGAAGCUAUCAACUCUGCCCGCCUCCCUCACCCUCCUCACCUCCCUGCAGCACCUCAUGGUCUCCGACUGUGAGAGCUUUUCCUCUCUACCAGAAGACGGAUUCGGCAAUCUCUCCUCUCUCAUCUCUCUCACGCUGAAAAACCUGCCACGGCUGCUCAAGCUGCCCGCGGCCGUCUCUCGCCUGGCUUCGCUGCAUGUGCUGAACGUGCAGAAGUGCGAAAGGUUGAGCGAGCUACCCGAGGGGUUGGAGAGCGCGAGGAGCUUGCGGGAGGUGCAUUUGGAGAGGUGCAACGAUUUGAGGGACUUGCCCGAGGAGCUGCUGGCGCGCGCAGGGAGGAUUCAGAUGCAUAGAUACAGUAGAAUGAACUUUUGA